GUGUAAAAGAUUCUUCAGGAAAUGCAAUUGCAUACUUCUAUUUUGAUCCCUAUUCUCGACCAUCUGAGAAAAGGGGAGGUGCAUGGAUGGAUGAGGUUGUUGGUCGAAGUCGUGUGUUGUCUCAAGAUGGAGUAAGUGCAAGAUUACCAAUUGCUCACAUGGUGUGCAAUCAAACACCACCUGUGGGGAACAUCCCAAGUCUUAUGACAUUCCGAGAGGUUCAAACUAUUUUUCAUGAAUUUGGUCAUGCACUUCAACACAUGCUCACCAAGCAGGACGAAGGCCUUGUCGCGGGCACUAAAGGAAUAGAGGGGGAUGCUAAGGAAUUGCCCUCUCAGUUUAUGGAGAACUGGUGUUACCACAGGGAAACUUUGAUGGGAAUCGCAAAGCACUAUGAAACUGGUGAGAGUCUGCCUGAAGAUGUAUACAGAAAGCUCCUUGCAGCUAAGACUUUUCGUGCAGGCUCCUUAAGCCUUCGCCAGGUUACUUCACAUUAACUAAAUAUGAAAUAAUUGCUUGUUCUUCUUACUUUUGUGACGCCUGUUAAAGUUAGGACUGUUUCACAUAGCUUCCAAAGAGAAGAAAGCUAUUCUAGGAGUUAUUGCCCUUGUCCGUGGGGGAACUGUCUCACCUGUACUUUGUCCUCAUGGUGCUACAUUUAUUAAGAGCUGAAUGCUGCACCUCUUGUUUAUUGAGUUCCACCUUCGUCCAUCAUGUUUAUGGCUAUCUAAUACACAAGUUUGAAAGAUAAAACAGAUUGGGGAUCAGUUCAUGUCUACAUGACAGUGAGGCAGAGAAAACUUUACUUGUUUAUUUAACCUUAGUGCAAGAAUGGUUUCUAGGUUGCUGUUUUACUGUUCAUAAUUUGAAAUGAUGCAGAUCAAAUUAUUUUUCUAAUCCUUCAAGAAUCAUACUGAUGUAUAUUUAGGAAUAACUUGGUUAUUAAUGUCCUUGUCUGGGAAAAUUCUCAGGUAAGAUAUGCAAGUGUAGAUCUGCAGCUUCA